CAAAGAGACGGUCGGGGGUUUUCCGCGUCGCUAUUGGCUGCGAUGCGCCGUGCCGGCUCCGCCCUUUGGAAUCACCGAGGACGCGCGGCUAUCAUGUAACGAGCGCUCCCGUUCUCCCUAGGGAUGCAAAGCGCGGUUAAGAGAGUGGCGGGUCGGAGCUUCUUCUAUUGAGCUCCAGCACCGGAUCCCGGGUGGGAUGGUGACGGGAACCGGCACCGGGUCUGGGACCGGGAUGGAGGAGCUGGCCUGGAGCCCCGGGACGGCACCGCGCCCCUCGCCCGGGCUGGAGGCGAAGCUGGGCUCGCUGGUGCUGCUGCUGCUGCUGCCCCUCGCCUGCGGCCUUGCCCCGCUCUGCUGCUUCCGGCAGCCCCCGAGCUCCGCCGAUGCCCGCAGCCCGGUGCUCAGCCUGGUGAGCUGCUUCGCCGGCGGCGUCUUCCUGGCCACCUGCCUGCUCGACCUCCUGCCCGACUACCUCGCCAGCAUCAGCGCGGCUCUGGAGGGGCUGCACGUCACGCUGCAGUUCCCCUUGCCGGAGUUCAUCCUGGCCAUGGGCUUCUUCCUGGUGCUGGUGCUGGAGCAGGUCGCGCUGGCGCAGCGGGAGCCGUCGUCCAUCCCGGAGGAGACUCGGGCUCUGCUUCCCACCGGCUCCAUCCAAACCCCUUCACCGCAAUCCCCGGCUCCCGGUACCCGGGGUGCCGUUCGCGCCGGGUUACUGGUGCUGGCGCUGGCGCUGCACGCCGUGCUGGAGGGGCUGGCGCUGGGGCUGCAGGAGGCGGAGGGGGCCGUGCUGCGCGUCUGCCUGGCCCUGCUGCUGCACAAAUGCGCGGUGGCUUUCAGCCUGGCGCUGAAGCUGCUGCGGGGUCGCCUGCGCCCGCCGGCGGUGGUGGCCUGCUUGGUGCUCUUCGCCAUGAUGUCACCUUUGGGCGUCGGGUUAGGGACGGCGGUGGCGGCGGGCGCGGGGCCGCGGCAGCGGUUGUGCCGGGGGGUGCUGGAGGGGUUGGCGGCCGGGACCUUCCUUUAUAUCACUUUCCUGGAGAUCUUGCCCCAGGAGCUGGGGGUCCCCCAGCAUCGCGUCCCCAAAGUCAUCCUGCUCCUCGCCGGCUUCGCCCUCGUCACCGCCAUCCUCUUCAUCAAGAUCUGAGACACUCCCAUCCCCGGGGCAGGGGAUUCCUACCUCCCCCCCCGCCAUGCAGGACGCCGGGGAAGGGGGGUCCCCUCUGCGCCCCCCUCCUCUGUGCAAGUGCCAAAGUGCCGCUCCAGGGGCUGUCCCAGCCCCCCCUGCGCACCCUGGGGAAGGGG